AUGACGCCGCGCGCAGGGACCUUUCUCAGCGAAGAGCAGCGAUUCGGCGGUUGGCCCGUCAAUCAUACUAGAAAUGAGACUGGCCCCACUCCGGUCGACACGUCCUACGAGCUAGGAAGCCUCGACGACCGGAUCGCUCGCCAAGUGCGCCAGCAGACAGCGCACCUGGAGGAUGCAGUACUCCACUUUGAGUUGCGGCUGAACAAUCUGCAGGUGCAGCAAAUCAAGCUGUGGACCGACAUGAACAGCUUGCAAGUCCAGCAGAACAAGCUACGAACCGAUAUCAGCAGCUUGCACGUUCAGCAGAACAACCUGCUAAGCGACCAGAACAACCUGCGGAUCCAGCAUGAAGCACUAGAGCAGUACGUUCUUGCUGAGACCUUCUGGUGGAGGAUUCAAAAGGACUUUCUCAAGGCACUAGACGCGGCGAGGCGAAGCAUCCUGGAGACGCAACUCGGCAGGCCACUGGAGGCGUACGACGACUACUAUUCCCUUAUCAAAAUCAACGGAUCUAUCCAGCUUCAUGGAUCCCCGCUCGACGACGCGCUCAAGGCGGGCGAGACUGCGUUCCAGCAAGCAUACGAGGCUGCAAAGACGGUGCUGCGCUCGAUGUCCCUCCAGGUCUUCCCGCAGGCACUCCCGGCACUGGCGUUACGCAAGCUCGUUUGCGGGCCGGUUACCCAAACCCUGGAACGCUGGCACGACACGACUCACUUGCUGGAGCGCAUCGGGCCAGCCCGCGCGCCGUUUAUACUUGAUGACAUCAGGGUCAAGAUUGAAAGUGGCGACCCUUCUUUACGGACUCGCCGGACUUCGAUCGAAUGGUUCUACUUGGCGUAA